AUGGCAGACCAAGCUCAAAAAAGAAUCAAUGCCAUCGGCCAGCAGCUUGAGCCGUCACCAAGGGGCCUCCCACCAAUCAUCAAGGUGGCCGGCAAGUCCAACGGCCCUCGAGCUGAAGGCAAGGUCGUCAUCAUCACAGAGAAUGGCGCCAAGGCAGUCUACAUUUGCGACUACGCCGACUCCAACCUCGCCGCGCACAAGCAGGAGAUUACGGCCCUGUAUCCGGCGGUCGAUGUCCACAUUUGGCAGUUUGACGCCGCAGACGAGGCCAAGGUCAAGGCCGUAGUAGAUGACGCUCUUGAUCGAUACGGCCGUCUGGAUGUGUUCUUUGCCAAUGCCGGCAUCACGGGUCGGAAUGUCGUCUUCACCGAGUUCAAAGACUCUGAUUUUAUGGAGGUUCUCAAGACAAACACUCUUAGCGUCUUCCUGGCAGCAAAAUAUGCUGCGCCUGCCAUGAUGAAAACAUCAGCAUCCAAGCCUAUAUCAGGCGGGUCCAUCGUCGGAACCGCUUCCGUCGCCGGAAUCCGCUCCAACGCCGGAUCAACCCCCUACUCAGCCUCCAAAGCGGCCGUCGUCUCUCUCGUUCAGACUAUCGCUUACCAGCUCGCUGGUACGGGGGUCCGCGUUAAUGCUAUUUGCCCCGGUCUCACCGAGACGGGCAUGACGGCCCCCGUGUACCAGGCCGCCAGGGCGAGGGGCAACGAGAAGAAGAUUGGGCAGUUGAACCCUACGAGAAGAGGCGGCCAACCAGACGAGAUUGCGCGGGUGGCUCUGUUCCUGGGCAGUGACGAGAGCAGCUAUGUGAAUGGCCAGGCUUGGGCUGUCUGUGGCGGAUUGAGCGCCGGACAUCCAUUUGUUCCGGGAAAGUUGAGCUAG